AUGUGCUCAAAUCUUCAAUCUUUCAAAUGGUAUGGAGACCGAUUAGACCAUGGCACGAGGCCAGCGAGCAGCAUUAUGGACGUUUUGAAACCGCUGGGUGGGACUCUGGUAGACCUGCAUCUCGACUUUCUCACGUCAAUACAGGGUCAUAUUGAGGCGGGCGAUUUCUCUUCAUUCAGAUGCCUCGAGAAAUUGACUCUCCCUACCACCAUGCUUUGCAAAUAUCCGAAAGACCCUGCGUGGGAGAUUGGUGUCGGAUGUGCCAACAGCCUAGGCAAAAUUCUACCGUGGACUGUAAAGCGGCUCACUCUUCUUACGUAUAGCCAUGACUGCCACGCCUGGGGGCAUGCCAUGGACCUCAGCUAUUAUUGCCACGAUGGGGAUUUGCAGCUCAAGCGCCUCCGAAUGGAUGUCGAUGGGUGGGCGUGGAACGAGGACGAGGACGAUAGUGGGUGUACUGGUUUUAGCUUAGACUACCAUUGUGGCCCGACGGGAUUGGUUUUACGCGAUUGGUUUUUCGGAAGCAACGCCAAGGUACAAAUUCGUUUGGAAAGCUACCGGUUCCGAUUCACACGAACGACUUGGUCAUGGUGCGGACCAAAGGCCUGGUCAGAGAGCGAGUCGGAGGCGGCUUCAUUCACCAAUUCGAACGUCGAUGGGGCUUCGGAGAGCGAUCCGGAUAGUGAUCCAGAAAGCGACGAGGAAAUUGAGGAGAUGCUGCAUGCUUAA